CAUGUGUGAGUGAGAUGUGAAGUCAAUCUGAAAUGUGAAUUUUAUGUUUUGAAUUUUAAUAACGAUACGAAACGAAAUCUUGAAUUAUAAGGAUACUAAUGAUGUUAAUCUAAAUUCAGUUACUCAGUGUUACUUAAGUAUAUUUGUUAGUUUUUAUUAAGUUCGGUAUUAUUCCGAUUUAAACAAGGGAUUGUUGAUCGAUUACAUCUUAGUUUUUUUUAUUAUUGUGGGUGCCUGUAUACAUUUGUGAAAAUGGGUGAUAAAGAGGACUAUAUAACAUCCUAUCGAGUGUUUUUUGAGAACUUUGCGGCGAAUGUAAAUCCGGAGGACCAACUCCCUGUACAUAUUGCUGGAUACACUAUAACCGAGGCAGAGUUGCCUGGCGAAGUCCUAUACUGGACUACACAAUAUCUGACGGAAAAGCAAUGCCCGCUGACACUGAUGACCCCGCUGCGGCGGAUUAUACUUGACGAGGUGCGAGUAGCAUCGAAGAAAACACCCAAUGACUUUGGGUACAGAGCUGACGAAUCAGUGUACAUAGCCCUGCGGCUAAUGCAAGCGGUGACAGCGCGUGUGAACGCCAUCUGCCUGCGGUAUCUAGACAACUCGAUGCUGGACUCCUUGCCGCCGCCGCCUCCGUUGGAGCAGCGAGACCUGAAGACGGUCUCGUGCGCCACCAAGAACUCCCGGAGGGUUAUGGAGGACCGGCACGUUGAGAUCGGCAACCUCGAAGCACUCUUUGGGAUAGAGACGACAGAGCCCACCAGUUUCUACGCUGUCUACGACGGGCACGCGGGCUCGGCGGCGGCGGUGUACUGCGCCGCGCACCUACACCAGUAUUUGGUGGAGAGCGCGCACUUCGCCAGCGACCUGCGGCGGGCCAUGCGCGAUGCCUUCCUGCGCACCGACGCCGAGUUCGUACGCAAAAGCAAUCAGGAGCGAGCAUGCGGCGGGAGCACAGCGGUGGCGGUGGCGGUCCGAGGGCGGCAGCUGCUGGCGGCGUGGGCGGGCGACUCGCUGGCGCUGCUGGCCAAGCGCAUGCGCCUCAUGCAGCUCGUGCGCCCGCACAAGCCCGGCCGCCAGGACGAAAGAGAUCGAAUAGAGUCAUCAGGCGGCACUGUCAUGUACUGGGGCACUUGGCGAGUCAACGGCCAAUUGGCAGUUUCUCGAGCGAUCGGUGACGCACAAUACAAGCCGUACGUGACGGCGCGGCCUGAGACAGCCACGGUGGACCUGGAUGGAGACGAGGACUUCGUGGUGGUGGCCUGUGAUGGACUCUGGGACUUUGUCAGCGAAGACGACGUCGCGCUCUCCGUCUACAGGCAACUGGCUGCAGACCCUGAUGACUUGAAGGCGGUGACAAAACGUCUGAUCGCGCAGGCGAAGCGGCAGGGAUCCGCCGACAAUAUCUCCAUAAUCGUGGUGUUCCUGAAGGAGCCCCGUAAAAUAGCCGCAGACAACCGCCCGCCCAUGGAUCUUGGGCUGGACAACGCGUUGGCGACCGCGCCACCGUUCGGCAUGGAGCCGGAGGCGUGCAAGCGGCAGCUGGCCGCGUCCGGCGCGGACGGCGGCGAGUGCGCGGACGCCGAGCCGGACAACGGCGUGGACAACUCGGACAGCGAUAGCGAGGACCUCGGGCCCGAGACCGCCGUCGACGCCGACGACGUGGACGCCGACAGGAACCACGACCCGGCGCCGCCGACUCCGCCAGCCGACACAAUGGAGGAGGGCCACGUCGACGGCGCUCUUGUGGAUAAUGUAGCGGAGAGCGGCGAGGAAUCAGAAGACGAGUGGAACUACUUCAAGGGCGAAGACGAACGCGAGGAGCACAACCCUAGCGAGGACGCCCCGCGCUCCGAGACACCUUGCCAGGACAAUUCAGCUUGGGAAACCAGCUCAGUAGACAUGAACAGCUCACCACUGAACCCAGACGCCCCGGUGUUCGUGCCGGGCUCUGUGGCCGGCAGUGAUGUGCUGCUGGCGGAGUCCCCACGCAAGCCCCAGCCCAUGGACGAUAUAGAACUCCCCGAUCGUGCUCAAUUCGAGACUGAAGCCGUUGUUCGGCCUGCGGAACUAUUGGAUUUGGAUAACUGUGAUCAACUUAACGGCCAUCAUAAUGUAUCAUUAGAUGAAUCAAUAAAGGAACAGAUGAAUGGGAACAAUAAGUACAACAUGGAUAGUCUAGGAUUUGGAUUCAGUGUAGGCACGGAACCGGAUAAGGUUACAGACGGUUUAAUACAAGACUUUGAUAGGAUACAGAAGGACACUACUGACUUCUGCAAUAUACAGGUAUUCCAGGCACACACUGAAACAAAUCCGUUUGCCACAGACGACAAUGAUGAACUUUUAGAAAGGCUGAAGAACAAAGAAAGGGAUCCAAUGAGUAUGAGCUUCUAUCAAGAAAAAGACGAUGACACUUGCGAGAGGCUUCCCAAAGCUGUAGAUUUAAAUGCAGUCCAACCUUUACCAGACAGUGAUGAUGAAGAUAUUCAACCAAACGGUGUCUGCGACAAUCUCAUUGAAAACGAAAAAGAAAACAUCAGUCCAGAACAACACAGCGACCUCCUCGGAGCGGCGGGCGACACCUUGGAGCCCAACAACGACAUUAUGAGGUUCGACGACAGAAAAGACAUGUUAGGAAACAAUUCGCCGCUGAACUUCGGCCAGACAGAUAACUUCAUGGAUUACAACGACACCGCUAGCAAUAACAUGCAAAACUAUUCCAAUAUCGAAUUCGAAUCCAGUAACGUUCCACAGGACACGGUGGCGCACACCGACACACCCGAAUCUCACAAAUUAUUAUUUGAACAAAUACCAGAAAUUCCAGACGGAAAGAGUUCCGAACUGGGCUUCACCGCCGACGACCUGUGCGACCAGACCGAGAGCGAGCGCGACGCGCGCCUGCUCACGCCGCACGACGACAUGUCGCAGGACGCCGACACGGACAGCAAGCUGGACGACUCGCCCUGCCUGGAAGCUCCGUCCGACAUCGUCCCCGACAUUCAGGAAGGCCACAUCGACGCCGAUAUCACGAGCCCAUCGGAACUAACGGAGCCGGAGGCCCGACCGCUAGAGGAUAAGGACGACGAAAUCGUGCCCGAGACUGACGACAUCGAACCGGAGUCGGACGACAUCGUGCCGGAGUCGGAUGCGAUCGUGCCGGAAACGGAUCUGAUCGAGCACACGGACAGGCCGCCUGUCUCGCCCGCGCCCGCGCCCGCCUGCGACGUGCAGGUCGACGUGCACCACAGCGACGAGCCCGCGUCUGUAGUCCCCGACCACGCCCACGACACGCCCGACAUCAGGAUCGACGCCGACGACCUCACCGCGGACGCCGAGAUCGACCGGGUGUGCGGCCGCCCGGCCGAGUCGCCCCUUCCCGCUGAGUCGCCGCUGCCGGCCGAGUCGCCGCUGCCGACCGAGUCGCCGCUGCCUUCCGAAUCGCCGCUCCCGGCGCGGUCGCUCCCGACGGAGUCGCCGUUCCCGGCCGAGUCCCCGCUGCCGGCGCAGUCGCCGCUGCCGACGCGCUCGCCGCUGCCCGCACACUCGCCGCUGCCGAGCGAGCCGCCGCACGCCUCGCCCGCCGCCUCGCCGCUGCCCGUCGAGCCCGAGCCCGCGCGCUCGCCGCUGCCGGCCGACGAGCCCGCGCCCGUCGCCGAGUCCCCCCUUCCCGCGGAAUCGCUCGCCCCGGCGAAAUCGCCUCUUCUCGCGGAAUCGCCCGCUCCCGCGAGAUCACCUCUGCCCGAGGAGACGCAGUCCCCGCUUCCGACGGAGUCCCCCGCUCCCGUCGAGCCCCUCGCGCCCGUCGCCUCGCCGUCCCCGGCGCCGCCCGCGGAGUCCCCGGCGCCGCUCGAGUCCCCGGUGCCGAUCGAAUCUCCCGCGCCCGCGAAGUCACCGGCGCCCGCCGAGACGUUCGAACCGAGCGCGCCCGAGCCCGAGCCCGAGCUCGAAGCGGCGCCCUCCCCCGCGCCCGCCCCCGCGUGGGCGUCGCCGCUGCCCGCCGACGUGCCGCUGCCGCGCGAGUCGCCGCCGCCCGCCGACGAGCGCGCCCCCUCCCCGCGCUCCCUCCCCGUCGAGGCCUCGAUGCCGAGGGACGCGCCCGAGCCCGAGCCCGCGCGCCCCGACCUCGUGCCCGGGGAGCCUCGCGCCGAGCUCGUCACCGACGUCGACGUCGGCGUGCCCGAGUCCCGCGCGCAGGAGAUCUGCCUGCCCGUCACCUGCGAGAUCCCGCCCGCCGACGCCGAGCACGCCGCCGCCGCGCCGCCCGCGCCCGCCGACCCCGCGCCGCCCGCGCUCGACAUCCCGCCCGUCAGCGAGACGCCGAUCGCCGCCGACGUGGCGCCCGUCGCCGCCGCCGCCGCCGUGGUGGCCGGCGCCGCGGCCGUCGCCGGGGUCGCCGCCGCGAAGGCGAAGACGCCCGCGAAGAAGUCCCCGACCACGCCGACCGCCAAGGCGACGCCGAGGGCCGCCUUUGAUUUGUGGCCUGCGGCGCCGAAACCGCCCGCGGCCCACAAGCCGGCCGCGCCGCGACCCGCGCCCGCCGCCGCGCGGCCGCCGCCCAUCACGAAGCCGCGCGAGCCGCGGCCGGCCCCCAAGGCGCCGGAGAGGAAGCUGGCCAACGGCGACGCCAAGGACGCCCGGCCCGCGCCCCGCGCGCCCGCGCGCCCCGCCCCGCGCCCCGCCGCGCCCCGCCCCGCCACCACCGCCGCCACCGCCAAGACGACGACGGCGCCGAAGCCCGCGACGCGAACGCCGGCCGCGCGGCCGCUCGACAAACAGACCAAGGACCUCGCCAACAAACGCAUCACAGCCAAGGCCGCUCCCCCGAGGACCCAAGCAACUAAGGUUCCCACCGGCAAGGCGGGCGCGGCCAAGGCCAAGCUGGCCAACGGCGACGCGCCCGCGAAGGCGCCGCCGAGCCCGCCGCUGGACAACGCGCUGCUGCCUGACGUCAUCGCGUAGGCGCUAUUCCGAUUCCUAUUAUUUCCGCUUGAAUUUUGUGAUUUUCUAUAAGUGUAUGAUAGUUUUAACGUCGCUCGGCGCGGCGAGUCGUUAGGUGCGGGAGGCUCCUCCCAGUUUUAUAUUAUAGAGUCGCUUUUAUAGACGUGUACGUUGCCGGUCGUGGGCCCGGGCCCGGAUGGUUAUUAUUAUCCAUUGUCCUGAUUAUAAGUCUGUUUUAGAAUUUUAUAUUACCAACGAAUGAUUGAUUUAAAAUCUGGCUUCUAAUUUAUUUUCUUUGUAUAACCGUAUUAUUUAAUAAAAUGUGAGGAAGGACUGAGACAUUGUUUUAUUUAUGAGGGUUUUUAAAUUUUGAUACGAAAUAAAACUAUACUGACGGCCGAAAUAAUGUUUACUUAAUUCGUACUAGCUUACUUAUGUCUAUGUAAACUUAAAUAUCAUGGUGUUACAAAGAAAUACUAAAAAUAUAGCAUUUUAUUCGAAUAAAUGAUUAUCACCCUUUAAAUUCGUGUCUUAAUUUUAACGAUCCAUGUCUAUAUUUUUGUUUAAAGUGUUGCCAAAUUCAAUACUCGUAGUCUAUGGUUGU